UUUUUAUUUUGGUGGACGACGAGCUACCGACUAGGCAUCUCCCUCAAUUCUUCGAUCGAGAUCCUCCUCGUCUCCUGUCUUCGCAUCUCAUGGCGGAUCUCAACGGCGAACUCACUGCUCCCCUCAUCGACUCCGAGGUCGCCAUCGACGUGAACGGCUUACUUGAGCGGGGAACCGACGCAGCGCUGGAUGAGAGCCCCUACGCGUUCCUUGGCGCGCCGCCCCUCGAACUGCCUCCGAUGAGCCCUAUCGACCCUUUCCGGAACCAGAUCCCUUCCAUAUCCGGGAUGUACGAGUGGUGCAAGACGGUCCUAUGCCUGCCCAUAGCCGCGGCGCGGCUCGUCCUCUUCGGCAUCGCGAUCGCGGUGGGCUAUGUGGCGACGUUGGUGGCGCUGUAUGGAUGGAACGAUAAGCAAAACCCCAUGCCGAGAUGGCGUUGCCGUGCCAUGUGGCUCACCAGGCUUUGUGCCCGCUUAAUCCUCUUCUCCUUCGGCUACCAGUGGAUUAAACGAAAAGGAAGACCGGCUCCCAGGGAGAUUGCACCUAUAGUUGUUUGCAAUCAUAUCUCAUACAUUGAGCCAAUAUUCUUUUUCUAUGAACUAAUUCCAACUAUGGUUGCUUCUGAAUCACAUGAUUCAUUGCCUUUUGUUGGAACUAUUGUUAGAGCAAUGCAGGUUAUAUAUGUUGAUAGGUUCUCACCACAAUCAAGAAAGCUUGCUAUUCAUGAAAUAAAGAGAAAGGCUUCUUCCAAUGAUUUUCCACGUGUUAUGUUAUUUCCUGAGGGGACCACUACAAAUGGGAGGUUCCUCAUUUCAUUUCGACUAGGUGCAUUCCUUCCUGGUUUGCCACUUCAACCUGUGGUUGUUCGCUAUCCUUAUGUACAUUUUGACCAAUCUUGGGGAAAUGUUAAUUUGCUGAAGCUCAUGUUUAGAAUGUUCACACAGUUUCACAAUUUUAUGGAGGUGGAAUACCUUCCUGUUAUCUUCCCAGAUGAGAGCAAACAACAAAACAUAACAAAAUUUUCAGAUAGGACUAGCAAUGCCAUGUCGAGGGCCCUUAAUGUUCUACAGACAACUCACUCUUUUGGAGAUAUGAUACUUUUCUCAAGAGCAUCUGAACUUGGAAAGGAGAGAUGCUCGAACUACAUGGUAGAGAUGGGAUGGGUAGAAAAUUCAUUUAACAUAAGCACAUCGGAAGCUGUUGUACUUUUGGAUAAAUUUCUUGCUAUGGACCCAGAUUCUAACGGGCGGGUUCAAAUUUAUGGUUUUCUGAAAGCAUAUGGACUUUGCUUGAAUCCUCUGGGUGAGAAGAUAUUUGGCUAUUUGGACACGGAAAAGAAGGGGUCAAUAACAUUUCGGCAGUUUUUGACUGGAUCAGCACUAAUUAGAAAACAGCCAUCAUUUUGGAGGGCAUGUGAAACGGCUUUUGCCAAGUGCUGUGAGAACUCAACAGACUGCAUUUCUACCGAACAGCUUCAUCAACUGUUCGAUACAACUGCUGAUGGCGUGAUCAGAAAAGACGAAUUCAUGGAAUGCCUACAAAAGAAUCCAUUACUCAUAGCACUUUUCAGCACACAUCUGAAGACUGAUGACCAGUCGGAAAUAGCGUGAGAUUGGAAUUGUGAUCAAACUUUGCACAUCAUUUCGAUUAUGACGACACAGACGUUAUGCCUCAGUGGCAACUAACCAACCCAUCCAGUGGUAUUCUUUUUUGCCUCACGUCGGUUGGCUGCAAAGCACAAUAUUUGAUAAAAUGAUGCAAGGUUUUGAAUAUAUAUUUGUGUUUGAGGUGGAUAUUAUUAGAUUCUGCAAAUGGCAUUAGUUAUAUGCUUGAACUCAUUGUAAACACUGUUUGCAUCUUGUUAUUUAUAGCAAAACCUGGUAUAGAGCAUCAGAGUUAUUAAA